GCACCGUCAUGGUCACGUGACAAAGACAAGUAAACGCACCUUCUCCAUCCAUGUGUUUGAGUCGCAAAAAAUAUAAAUCCUCCUAUUUAUGAAGACAUAAUAAUGGACAGAGGCGACAACCCCAGCGCUGUAACCUGCAAGUUAUGUGGAGAGGCAUUCAUUCUGCCUGAGGAAGAAGUUGAUGGCAACCUCCCUCGAGUGCUUUUAUGUGCCCACAUCUAUUGCACAGCUUGCCUGCUGUCAAUUCAGUGUGACAAUGUCAUCAGAUGUCCAGAUUGUGAGGUUGAGUCAACCCUUCCUGAGGGUGGGGUGUUUGGCCUGCAGGAAGACAGCAGAAUCAUUGGCCUCAUCUACACUUCUAAAAUGAACAAGAUGAAAAGGUGUGACAGAUCGAAAAAUCGUAAAAGGAAUACAAUUUCACCAUCCACAGAUAAAAAUGUGAAUACGGAGGAUGUGGUGCCAGCUGAUAUUGAGAAGGAAUCAAAGACGGUGGAUGAGGCACUGGCCCGUGGUGCAGAAAAUCUUGCCCUUCUGGAACACAUCCACAAGUGUUCCGUGUUUUGUUCUUUGCAGACUUUGACGACUGGUCUGGAGGAACAGGUGAAUAGAGAUAGAGCUCGGCUGGAGAUUGAGAUCAAGCAAGCUGCAGACAAGGCCUUAUGUGAUAUUCAAAAGUGGAAGGAUUUGCAGUUGGGCUGGCUGAAUAAACUGGAGGCACGAUUCUCCACCAGCCAAGCAGAGGUGUGGCGUGUCAAGGAGAGGAUGAAGGCCCUGAAGAUCGCCAUGCAAAUGGCCAGAGAAGUACGCCGUGUCCCCUUUCUGGAGCAGUACUGCACCCUGGAUAAGGUUCUGGAGACAUUGCAGGCUUCUGUGGAUGACCAGUCCUUCAAUGUGAAAUGCAUCACUAUGGGCUCUGGAAUGAGCUGUGUUUUCCUGUCAGAAAGUGUAAACCAGAGUCUGUCACUGUCUCUGAAAAUGGAAGUCGGCAGUCCAAGAAAGUUGUCUGAGUCUCCACCCAAAGGCCCCCAACUGAGCAACUCCAACAGAAGGCCCAAUCCCCGGCAACCUGCAAAGAGCAGAAACAGAAACUGUAGCUCACCAACUAACAAGAAGCCCCCAAGCCCACAAAAACGAGAGCAGCACAGCCCGGGAGCCAGCAGACUGUUGCGAGGCUCCUCUUCGAGCCCGACACUUCUUCGCAGGUCCGGCCUUUCCUGUGACAGCUCCACCUCAGACCUGAAUACUGCAGACGUAAUUAUCGAGGAGCUUUCAAUCCAGGGACUGGAGAAUGCUCUCCCGCCCACCGGCCCUGAGCUGGCUAAUGACAAGUGGAGAAUCCACAGGAGACAGAAAAAUCAGUCUUUCGUCAAGAAGAGAAAUGACACUCAGUGGGUGGUGGUAACCCGCAUUGUGAAUCCAAGUCACUUCUACGUCCGCUAUGUGGCCGAGAAGAAGGACAGCGAGAUCCUUUCCAAGAAGAUCAACCAAAUCUGCUCCAGAGAAAGUUUUCGCUUCACUACUAGAGACACAGUGGAGACAGGAUCCAGGAUCUUUGUAAAAUGGGAGGGACUGUGGUGCCGAGCCAGUGUGGUUGAAGUCAUGCAGAACGGAUGUGUGGAGGCCAUAAAAGCCUGUCCAGUCACUGAGCUGGCCAGUGUCCGAGUCUUCUGUCUGGACUAUGGCUUCACCAAAAGCUUCACCAUCCAGAGGGAGGAGGAAACCACUGAGUCUUCUCUGGGGGCUGUGAAUAACCACCUGAGGAAGGUGGGCGAGGGGGGGGACGUACUGCUCAGUCAGUUUCCUCCUCAGGCCAUCAGAUGUUCACUGAAGGACCUGGUCCCCUAUGACCUGACAAAGGGCUGGAGUAAAGAGGCACAGGUUCAGUUCCAGAGUUUGGUCGGUUCUGCGGCAGUAGAGAUGAGGUCUUUGGGUCAAGACAGCGACUCUUUGUUGGUGGACCUGAAGAAAGCUCCAAUGGACCAAUCAAGCGAUGUUCCCAUCUCUGUCAGAGAGUUCCUGGUUUUCAUUGAAGUGGCCAGGUUUUAUUCUCCAGUGAAGUUGGACAGGAAGCCCCUGCUGUUCUACCCUCCCGAGUAUCCAAUGAUCAACGCAGAGCUCAAUGCUGUGGUGUCACAUAUCAACAGCCCUGCUGACUUCUACAUCCAGCUGAUUGAUAACAUGGAGUCCUUGUUGCUGUCAGCGAAGCUCCAGGAUUGUUACAAUACUAGGAAAGUGGCUGGAGAGGACGACCUCAACAUCUACUGCCCGAUGAUAGAACAGGCCUGUGUCGCCCGCUAUGAGGACAAGUGGUACAGAGCUCAGGUCAUAGGCCAUCCAGGAGGCGGAAAGGUGGAGGUGCAGUACGUUGACUUCGGCAAUAAGAAAAUCUUGUCAGUCUGCGAUUUAAGGAAGAUCAAAGAUGAGUUCUUUGCCCUUCCUGCCAAGGCAAUCCACAGUUGUUUAUCAGAUGUGAUUCCUCUGGAUGGAAAGACUUGGAGUGAUGCCUGCAUCAACAGAUUCAUCAGCCUGGCUCAACAGAAACCUGUCACUAUUGUGGCUACAGGAAGAGUCCCCAAGACUGAGCCUCUGCCGGUCAAACUGUUUGAAAGCAGCCUGAACGGGCCACAAGCUGACAUAGCGGAGCUGCUGGUCAAAGAGGAGUUGGCCUCCUUCAAAGAGGGUCUUUCUCCCUCCUGCAGUGUUAAGCCCAGGGACACCGGGCCCCCUGGUGAUGACUCUGCCAUAUGGGACCCUCCACUUGAUGCCCUGGAUCAAACAAUCCCUGGAGAUCAGGACGAGAAGCUGCUGGAGUUUCAACCCCAGCUUGAGCUUCCCAGUCAACUCAAAGACCUGAAAGUCAGAGUCAGCCACGUCAACUCACCGAGCAGCUUCUACGUCCAGCUCAUCCAGCAUGACUCCCAGCUCAGAAGGAUGUGUGAGCUGGUUAAGAAGGAGUGUGCACUCAUGAAGCUUGAAGAUGUGGCGUGGAAGGCGGACAUGUACUGUGCUGCUCAGAUCAACGGGGUUUGGGAGCGAGGGCAGAUCUGCUCUGACGUCACAUCCAGCAACAUUGCAGAGGUGAUGCGCUGUGAUCAUGGCAACACAGUGAAGCUCCACGUCAGCAACCUGCGGCCGCUGCCGUUGUCUCUGACAGGCUCUCUGGCACUGGAGUGCACGCUCACUGACAUCCGGCCAGCAGGAGGCCGAUCCACCUGGACAGCGACAGCCUGCGACUUGAUCUCCUACUACCUGACCAGAGCCUCGGCUGUGAUGACCAUCAAGGAGUUGACAGAUGAGCGUCCAGUGCCUGUCACACUUUUCCGCUCCAAUGAGAUGGGACAGUUUGUCAGCAUUGCUGACUUUCUGCUCAGCGAGGGCCUCGCCCUCCGGGAAAGAAAACCAAGAGAUGCUGUCAUUCAAAAACCCAAAGAAACUGAAGUACAGUCUCCAAUGAGUGAGACCCAAUCUGAUGUCUCUGAUGGGGAGAAAAAAAACAGUUCCCCAGCUUCUUCUGUCAUUCCUUCACCCUUCCAAACGCCCCUUGUCUCCACUCCAAACCAUCCAAAACCUGCUCCCCGCACCAUCAUGUCUGCUGAGAAGGUAAAGACCGAGUUGUACUGUCCCCCGGAGCUGCCGUGCCUCGGCCACAUCCAGAUAAAUGUUUCUGCCAUCGGAGAGGACGGUGUCAUUUACGCCAGAACACACAGUGCAGAGUGUCAGCUGGAGACGCUCAGGGAAAGGAUUCAGCAUUGCUUGAAGACGUUGCCCAAGCAGAAGGCCUACACCUGGAAGUCGGUUCAGGGCUGUGCCGUCAUCGGACCGGACAUGUCGUGGUAUCGAGGGCAGCUGCUGGAGGUUCUGGGAGGACAUGUGAAGGUACAGUAUGUGGACUAUGGACUGGUGGAAAUCAUCCCAGUGGUCCAUGUGUACCCCAUGCUGGUGUGUGAUGAUGUGCCUCAGCUCUGCAUGCCCUGCCAGCUGCAAAACAUCAUACCUGUUGGUGGGAGGUGGCAGCAGGACGCAGUGGCCUUACUGAGGGAGUUGUUGCUGAACCGCUCUGUGGACAUGAAAGUCAUGAAUCUGCCGACUGACUUGAGGGGACCUCUAACAGUUGAGCUCUUCUUGGACGGUCUGAGCCUCAGUAAGAUCCUGUGUCACCACGAACAUGCCUCCAUGGACCUUGUUGUCCCAUCGCAGAAGGGACACUUGGUGAAGUCUCCUGCCAUCUUUCUGGAUAAAUGGGACAUCAACAUUGAGGGUCUGAUGGGCCCAGAGGAGCCGAUUUUGGGGCCCUUUAUGUACCCAAACCUGCCACAGGAGGGAGAAGAGUUUCAGGUGAGGGUCAAACACCUGCUGACCCCUAACGAGCUGUUCCUGUGGCCUCUGGAGGGAACAGCUGAUGUGGAGGUGGAAGGAGAGACUCUGGAUGAGGCUCUGACCAGAAUCAACACAAACAUAAACAGUCUGCAACCACUCACCAACUUCCCUAAUGGCGGUCCAUGUCUGGCAGAGUACAGUGACGGAAAAUAUUAUCGAGCCAAGCUGUUAAAAUUCACCAGCGUUGAGCCCGUCAUGAUCCUGGUUCAACACGUGGACUUUGGCUCUCACGACACUCUGCCCACCAGCAAGUUGCGUCAGAUGCCGGCUGAGCUUCUGCAGUUCCCGUCGCGGGCGCUCAAGGUCAAAGUUGCCGGCUUUAAGGCUCCGCGUGUGAACAGACAGGAAGACAUGCUGCCCUACAGCCCCGGGUGGAGCGUGAAGGCUACAAUGGACAUGAUUGACAUGUUGCACGGAAACAUCACAGCCUCUGUCACGGCUCAGGAACCAGAGCUCACAGUGCUGCUGUACAAUGAGGACAAAGAGUUGGUUCAUCUGCCUCUGGUGAGCAGCGGACUGGCUGAGUUUGACUGAACGAGAGCGGAGACAAUGUCCUCGGCCCACAGGCUACAGCUCAGGUUUACCUGUCAUGCUGUUUACUUCUACUUUUCACUCUGUUGUGCUGUUGUACUGUUCUUAGUUUUAACAUGUUGCAGAAAAUGUGCAGCACUCUUUACUUUCACAUUGAUCCUGAGGGGCAGUGAUUUAUUUUAAGUUUGGCUGUUGUGUUUGAUUGAGCUGUGUCGACUUGGCACUUUGUUUUGUUGUCAUUUGACUGAUGUGAGACAUACUUCUCUGUUUGAAGACGCAGAAUAAAGUCUUCCAACAUCAAA